AUGAGUAAACGUUCGAGUAAAAAUCGAAAUAGCAAGAUCACGCAAACUGACCACACUCAAAAAGACAAUAAUGUCGACACUGCUGAAUCAACCGCACUUCCUUCUAAAUCAAAAUCAUUCAAUGAUUCUAAACGCAAACAGAAACAUAGUAGCACACCAGAAGAGAUAGAAGAAAUAAUAAAUGAUACAUACUUUUUGAAACUUGAGGAGGAAAGGCCCUUUUUUACAAGAAAGCGCGUUGUAUUCACUGCUGGUAUCUUAUUUGGUAUCUUUAUUGCCUCAUUCCUAGCUCCACAAGGAUCCGACUUCCAUCUUUUUUCAAGUUAUAUAGCGGAUUCCUUUUCAGACUUGGAUAUUAGUAGCAUUUUACCUGCCAAUAUUCUGGUGGAAGAAUUAUUUGGCAAUAUCACUCUUUUCUUGAAGCCAAAUAUAAGUCUAUUAGAAGAUACCGAAUUCAUGCCGGGCUUGAAUUUAGCUCAAGAAGGUGUACAAGCUAAUUUUCCCGUAUUUUUGAUUCCUGGAAUUGUUUCAACCGGUUUAGAAAGUUGGAGCACCUCUAAUUGUUCACGACCGUACUUUAGAAAGAGAAUGUGGGGGACUACUACAAUGUUUCGCGCGGUUCUUUUGGACAAAGAAUGCUGGGAAAGUAAUAUGAAACUUGAUGCUGUCACUGGUUUGGAUCCACCAGACAUAAAAUUGCGGGCUGCACAAGGAUUAGAUGCUGCCGAUUAUCUUUUUCCAGGUUACUGGGUUUGGGGUAAAAUGAUACAGAAUUUUGCGGCAAUCGGUUAUGAUUCUAAUAACAUGCAUCUUGCAGCUUACGAUUGGAGGCUUUCAUACAUUAAUCUUGAAACAAGAGAUAAAUAUUUUUCGAAGCUAAAAUCUAAUAUUGAAUUAAUAAAAUUAACCGACAAUAAAAAGUCCGUGCUCGUUAGUCAUUCGAUGGGCGCUCUGGUCAUUUUAUAUUUCUUUAAGUGGGUAGAAUCUCCAUCAGGUGGCAAUGGUGGGACGUCUUGGGUUAACAACCAUAUUGAAGCAUUUGUUAAUAUUGGAGGCCCUUUAUUUGGUGUGCCAAAAACUAUAUCUGCUUUACUUUCAGGUGAAAUGAGAGAUACAGUCGAAUUAGGUGCUUUUGGCAUUUAUGUACUUGAGCGCUUUUUCUCUAGACGUGAGCGAGCUGAGCUCUUCCGCAGUUGGGGUGGACUUUCCUCUAUGCUGCCAAAGGGUGGUGAGGCUAUAUGGGGCAAUGCGACUCACGCUCCUGAUGAUAUUGAAGGAUUGGAUUGUUCUUAUGGCUCCAUGUUAACCUUACGUUCCUUGAUUCAUUUCUUGCAACAACAUACGGGCUCAUUAUAUAAUAAAAUGCUAUCUAAUAAUUUUAGUUAUGGAAUUAUUACAUCUGAAGAUGAAAUUCUUAAUAAAACAAACGAUCAUACUAAAUGGACUAAUCCACUUGAAUCACAAUUACCUUACGCUCCGAAUAUGAAAAUAUAUUGUUUAUAUGGUUGGGGAAAGGAAACUGAAAGAGCAUAUCAUUAUAUGCAUGAUCAUUUAGAUUCGAACGAGAAUUCUGACGAAGAUGUCGAUCUUCCUUACAAGUUUUCAAAAAAUAUUUUCAUUGAUAGUGCGGUUAAUUCUGAUCAAGAUCUAUAUCUAAAAAGCGAUGGUACUGUGCCACUAUUAUCACUAGGAUAUAUGUGCGUUAAAGGAUGGAAAAAUCCACUAUAUAAUCCUGCUGGAAUUAAAGUAAUUACUCGUGAAUUUGAACAUGAAAGGGGUCCGGGUUUAAAUAUUCGCGGUGGUGCAAAAACAGCUGAUCAUGUAGAUAUAUUGGGAAAUUACGCUCUUACUGAGGACAUUUUACGAGUUGCAGCUGGUGAUGGUGAAAAACUUGAAGAUAGGAUCACUUCUAAUAUUUUAGAAUACGCAUCCAAAAUUGACGUCUAG